CAACUGUAAACUGUCACGCAGUGUCUGUCGUGUUGUUAUUUAUUGCUCCAUCGUUUGAUUUCGUGAUAGUGAAAAUUUUCGGAAUAUACACCAUUUUUUAUAGUUUCUUUUCCGGCAACGAGUCGAUCUUGUUCGUCGGGUGGUAGAGGAGAACGAUGCUCGAAACAUGAUUACGUUAUUUUCUUUUUUGGUGAUACUGGUGUUGUUCUAUCUGGGAAUUACUUGGCUUUUUCCGCAAUGCAUAGGGUACGUGCUAAAACGAAAGUUCAACAUUGAGAUACGUUUCGGUCGGAUAAGUUUACCGUUAUCACUGCGGGAUGUGAACAUUUGCAAGAGUGGAUUCUCGGUGCAAAUCGAUGAGAUCUGCAUUCGCAGUAGUUUCUUCAACUCGGAAGUAACGAAACUUCUGUCCAUCAACAUCCGAGACAUACGGGUCAACAAGGACAUUAAUCGCCGGCAGAUUCCGUCCGCUUCGAACUUGUUUCAGAAUCAGCAGAAUGCUUCGCAACCGGGAGCAGCUACGGACGGAUCCAGCGACUACGGAGCGUCGUCGAAUGGGCGCAACGUUUUGGAUUUUCGUCAGAAAAAAGUUCAUCCGAUGAUCAUAAAGUUCGCCCAGUUUAUGGCCGUUCACAUCAACAAUGUGUCGGUAGCUUUGCUAAACAAUGAUCACGAUCCGGGCUGGCUUCUGCACGCUACCGCCAAGGAGAUUCAUUUGGACGGAAGUAUCGUGCAUAACACAAAAACUAUGCUCGUUUCUGCCGCUCUAUGCGACGCUCAAGCGAAGAUACUUCGUCACUGCCCAGUCACCAAGAAAAAGCUGGGUGAUAAUCAGGCCUGUCUGGGGGAGCUUAGUUUCGGAAUUGCUAUGGAUAGUGUGCUGGUAGCGCAUGGUCCAAUUUCGCUGGAGAAACUACAACUAGCAAUGACUAACACGAAGGUGGUUCUUCAUGGCGGUUUGUAUGAGUUCAUAAAGGACGCACAAAGUCAGAAGCGGCGGCACCAGUUGUUUUUGAGACAGAAUAGUGUUAAUUUUGAGCGAGUUCCCGUGUUCAGUGAGGAGGAUAGCAAUGGCACCGAAAGUUACCUCGGAAUAGCUCCUAUUAUUCCGAAGAAUUUUGUCAUUAAAAUUGAAAAUACGACCAUUUCGGCAGUUCGGGAGAACAGUUCUAACGACUUCUCUGCUACGCUGCAGUCUUUUACCAUUUCGGGCAAGUUCAACAAUCGGAACCUAUCGGAUGAAUUUCGCCUGCCGAUGUUUUACAUCGGAACGCAACUGCAGCAGUUGGAAAUCGAUACGAUGCAGGAGAAGUUAUUGUUUAUGGAACAGUUCAGCGUAGAUGCUAAACUUGAGAAGGACCUGAUCAACGUGUACUCUAAGUUGAAGUCAUUCCGAAUGAUUUACCACCACAAGGAAAUCUACGGAUGGAUUAGUAAGAACUUUUUCUCCAGUGAGCGACUGGCAAGGCAGAUGAAUCCGAAAAGUUUGAAGCUGGCGACAAGCAUGAACAAAUCUGCAGCACGGUUGACUGGUGGUGGAGGACCGCUGGAAGAGUUUUUGAAGCGAGUGGUCAUCACCGGUUGUGCGGAGCUGUGGAAUGUUACGUCGGUGUUCAAGUUUGGGCCGCAAGAGAUUUCGUCCAUUUGCUGUAAUCAUACGAAACUGUUGCUAGAUCAGGGUGCGGAAACUCGAAGCGGCGUGUAUGAAAAUCGAUUUUUGAACUUAGUACUGGGAAAACGUCACUGGAGUGCCGAACUGAUGAUCGAGUCUUUGUGGUGGUCUUUGACAGGGAAUGUUUCGAAUAGUAAAGAUUUCGGACAGAGCCUGAAGAGAAGUCACAUUCGUGGCAGCCCGUUUUACAUUGGGGUCAGUUUAAUUAAGCUAAGCAGUUACGGGGAUGCGACAAAGUUGGACUUUACGAUUCACACCUUCCGAACGGAGUACAGUCCAGCGUUGGCGGUGUAUCUGGUCCAGGCAAAGCAGUGCUUGGAACAAUACCGAUCGAAGGGAUUGGCGACGGGUCGUACAGUGAACUACUUUUCGUCAUCAGAGGAAUCGGAAAGCAUUCCGUCAACCAUAACGAAAAGGCCGAAACCGGGAUUGUUGAUCGGCGCCAAGAUAACCGAUGUCACUAGCUUCUUUUUCAACAAGUACGAAACUUGUGUGCUGAUAAAUUUGAAUGAGCUAUCGUUGGCGAAGACUCCGACCGUAAACAUCCUAAAACUGGAUCAUUUCCACAUGGAGAUUUUGGAUUUCCGAAACAUAUCGGGAUCAGAUUUUGGUCCGGCAGAGAUGCAAAACAUGUUUGCCAAUUUCAAGGCGAUUCGAUUGGAGUACACGGAACAUCAGCAUCAUCCGAAGCUGGCGAUUCAUUUCCUGGAGGACACCGGGGCUAUGUGGAAUACGAAUCUUCACUUGCACGUUGUCACGUUGUUCGGGGAGAUCAAUGAACUGAAGGAUGCACUAAAGACAAAGGAAAUGGCUCAACCGCCGUUGGAGCUGCCAGUGAAGCCAGUGCCGGAAAGUUCCUCCGGAGUCAAGCGAUCGUGGAUCAUCGAUUUGUAUGCGGAAGGAAAUGCGGAAUUUGCGAUCAAGAUCAGCGAUCGUCACUCGAUGCAGAUCUUCAGUGAGAAUUUGUAUGUCAGCCGGAAGGAUUUGUGGUUUGUUUCGUUUGAAAAUAUUUUCAUCAACAUUGAUGAUCAGCAUAUCUUCACGUUCAAAGAUGUUGAUAGCCAUCAGCUGGCGGAGAUGAAUGUGCUGAGAUCGGAGCGGAAGCACUACGAGAGAUUUAAGCAGUCCAGCAAUAGGGUUUGGGCAACCACGAUUGGCGUAGUGAGAAUUAUAUUUCCCUACGAUCACGACUUUUACGGUGCUAUAGUGAAUGAGUUCGUCUCGAUCUACAAGUGGCUGAAGGUGGUUCAUGGGUAUAAGAAGAAAGCUUUUACCCAGGACUCGCCGCUACCAAGCGAUAUGUUCAUUCAAAUAAAAGAGUUCCUAAUGGAGAUGAGUGAUGAUCCGUUUGAGGUGAAACUCCGUGAUAACUACGUACUGCUUUUGGACGAAUACAAUGAAAGCGUGAAAAGGAAGGAACUUUUCGAUCAAAAAAUAGCCCAGCUUUGUUCGGAGCGAUUGCUCCUCCCGGCAGGAACGUUGGAAGAGCUAAACGCCAAUCUGAUCAAAAAGAAUUCGGAGAUUUACAUACAACGAUCGAAGAAGCUAUCGGAGACGGGACCACCACGAACCAGGUUAAUAGCCUGGAUCAUGACUGACCUGGAGAUUUUGGCAAUGGCAGACCCUUCCGUCCACGGGACGGAGAACGCGAUCCGAAUGAUUCGGGAAAUUGACGCUGAAAGUCCGUGGCCCGAGGAGGGCAUCGAGUUUGUGACCCUCUGGUGUCGAGCGGUGAACGUGAGUUGCACCGAAUGGAAAUUCAUGCUCCGGGACUACCCGCAACCGAUGUUCCACGUCAAGGCCAUGCAUUUGUUCGGCUAUCUGGCUGGUGCUGAGAUGGCACCCCCGCGAAGAGCUAAACGGGAUGUCGAUAUCGAAGUAGGAGAUCCGUUCGGAACGCACACAAUCCAGAGGAGUAUGACUUCAAUCAAAUUCUACCAUGAUUUCGACUGGGAAUUGGAUUACUUGGCGUACGCCUUUGGUCCCUGCUGGGAGCCCGUAAUGGCCCAAUGUAAUUUGAUGAUGGAGAAAAUUUCAGCUCCAUCCAGGGACCCAAGUCCGCCGCUACCCUUCUGGGACAAAAUGCGACUGCUUAUGCACGGACGUUUAACGAUCAUCGCAAAACAGUUCACAAUUCUGCUGCAUGCCUCGCUGGACCCCUACAAUACAACCGAAGAAAUGGAACUAACCUGGAACAACUGUGGCAUUGUCUACACCAACGCCAAAAUCAUGUUCAAAGGUGAUUUGAACGUGUUUGUGCGAACAGCCUCUCGCUACGACGAUUGCCGGCUUCUUCAUCUCCCGAACCUUAAACUAACCUUCAAACUGAACUGGAUCUGCCUGGCUAAUCCAAACGAUCAUCAUGCCGUCAUCCCCUGCGCUCCUGACAAACUACCCGAGUAUUCCAGCAACCAGGUGCACGAUUCCUUCCGGGCGUUCCGUUCACAGAAUCUUAACAUGUGGGUAUCGUUCGAAAUCAAACAGAACCUAUCGGAUCUGGACGUCCCGAACUUGGUUCUCUACGGAAGCACCCUACGAUGGUUCGAAAGUCUCAAACUGAUCCUUUCGGGAGUAACCCGACCAACCCGGCGGGGUCCGGUGUUUAACAAUGUUCGCCCUCGAAAGAAGCAACUUAGUCGGCACUAUCGGAAGGCAAAUCUGCAGAUGAGUUUGCAUAAAUUUCAAAUAUUCUACUGGAUGUCGCAUGCGUUGAAUCGGGGUUUCCAGCUGAAUGGGGGGCGGAUCACGUUUAGUUCGGAGCAUACGUUGACCCUGUCGCCGAUCGAUGAUGGACUGAUUCAUCGUCCGCGGGCCGAUUGGGCGAUUGUGUAUAUGAACUGCGAGCUGAACGAUGCGGAGAUUUGGCUGCGUACGACCACGAUCAGUGAUCGAGCGGAUGGAAGCUCGGAGAGCAUUUCCAACUCUAAUGGGGAUAUCUGCAGGUACUACUUCCUAAGUGUCGCUCGAGUAUCCUACGGACGGGAAGCUCACUUCGUCAACGGUAACGAACGAGAAAAGGACACACCUACCCACAAGCUGGUGGUGUACGACCUGAAGGGAGCCUGGACCAAAGACAAUCGGGAUGUUGCGUUCGCCCUGUUCGAUUCCUUUAUGAAGAGUCAACGAUUGAAGAAUAAUCUCUCGACCGAAGCGUUGAAGUGCUUCCGGAAGGAAGGCAAUAAAACUCCGCUCAAAUCUAGGAACAACCAGGAUAGCAAGGGUACGCCCUCGCAGCACCAUUCGGACAGUGGGGGUGGACGAAGCAGUCAGGGACAUCUCAGUAAGCGACAGGAUACCGCCGAUGGAUUGAUUAUGUUGCAACAGUUGAUUUCGGAGGCAGAUCACAAAUCGGUGGUUUUCAGUGAUGAUCUGUCGGCUCAAACUAGACAGCAGCAGUUGAAGGGUUUGCAGGCCUGUCAGGACGGGGAUGUGUUGCACUAUAAUUGGUUUAUUUCGCUGGUGAACUCGCAGGUGCUGUUGAAAGGAUGUGAAACGUCCGGGUAUGUGAUUUUGAGUGCAGCCAAAGCGGAGAUUUUGCAGCGAGUACAUCGACCUGUUUGGAGGGAUCAUACGAUCGUAUCGAAAACGACGUGGGUCGGUUCGUUGGAAUGUAUGCAGUACUACGCCACGGUAAGCGAGGAGGAUGGAGAUACGAGAGAAAUGGCAGAAAUCAUGUGGCUGACGGUGGACAAUAUUCAGGAGAAGGAUAAGGAUGCAACUGUGAUAAAUGAGUUUCCGGAUUUGCCUCAUCUGGUCGGAAGUGGUCAGAGUGUAGGUGGAGUAGUUUCUGAAACCGUUGGUGUUUCUGGGGAUAGCUACAGAGGGGGAAAAUCGCCUAUCCAACUGCAGCGGAUCGUGUCCAGGUGUAAGUGUGAGUUCUUCUACGUCAGCUACGGGGACACUAGUAUAGAUCCUGGAACGAUCAGUGAAGUUCCACCACCUCCGGUGGAAGAAAGUUUAAGUCCAUGGGAAAAUCAAGACGAACCGGUGGAUGCAUUCACUCUGAUGCAUCACGAUUUGGAUGUCUGUACCAAUUCACUCCAGUACGCUAUGAUUCUGGAUAUUGUAAACAAUCUGCUUCUGUACGUGGAGCCGCAGAGGAAAGAAGCCUCGGAGCGACUUGCCAGAAUGCGAUUUCAAUUGCAACUGUAUAGCGUGGAAGAUCAGAAGCGUCCUAUUCAGCACAUGCAAACCGAAAUCCGUGGUCUCAUGUCUCGCAUUCGUUGCCUGGAAAAGGAUAUUCAUUUCCUUACUAAAGCUCGCCUCGAAGACGGUGAUAGCGAUGAGCUGCGAAUCGAGUACGACGAGGUGCAAAAAAUGAUUCGUGAAUAUAAGGAAAUGCUUUCCAAUAAAAGUGACGAAUUGGAUAUGAUGCUAUCCUGUUACAACGAAACUCAGCUAUCGGCUUCAAAUCGGCUAGCCACCAUUCGAAAGGACAAGCCUGUAACAAUCGUACGAGCAAAUGAAAUCUGCUUCAAACAUGCUCAGUGGCGGUUGACCGAAGCGGAUGGACAAAUCGGUAUUGCUGAUCUUAUUCUGAGCAAUUUUCUGUACACUAAAAAUUCCAAAAGUGAUGAUUCCGUUGAUCAUCUACUAGAACUCGGCUAUAUUCGUAUUAACAACCUAAUCCCAAGAGAUAGCUAUAAGGAAGUACUCUGCCCGACCGAAAUACAGCGGGACAUGCCUGUGGACCACAAACGAGUGUUGCGUGUGUUUUGCCGCGAAAAACCUCCUGUUGGAGGAAUAUCCGUAAAGGAACACUUUGAGAUCAACGUGGUUCCGAUAACGAUCGCUAUUUCGAAAAAGUUUUACAACACAAUGUUGAAAUUCUGCUUUCCGGAUCGGGACGCUUUGGAAACUGAGGGUAACGAUGAGCUGGAGGAUGGUGCCAGUUCCAGCUCGACUUCAUCGACCAAAAGUUCCUCCAAGAAAGCGGCAGCUGCGAAAGGAAAGAAGAGCUCGAAGGAUAGCAAUUUCUACGUCAAAAUUCAGGACGAUGUGGAAAAAAUGAAGGAGCGGGCAGAGAAGAACAAACUGUUCAUCUAUAUAAAAAUACCGGAGGUGCCUGUCAGGGUUAGCUAUAAGGGUAACAAGGAAAAGAACAUUGAGGACAUCACGGACCUGUCGCUGUUGAUUCCGACACUGGAGUAUCACAAUGUAACGUGGACCUGGCUGGAUUUGCUGUUGGCGAUGAAAUCUGAUAGUCGGAGGGUACUGCUGUCGCAGGCCAUCAAGCAGAAGUUGAAGCUAAAGAAGGCACUAGUUGAUGAGCAGCCUUCGCCACAGGAGGAGGACAAAGCAAAAAUGCUUUUCGGCAAUCGUCACGCUAGAGCUAGGAGUAAGCCGGAAAACAAAAGUUUGCGCAAAGGAGUGUUCAAAUUUUCCAAAUCCUAGCUGUCAAAACGGAGCAGCGAAAAACCUACUUCACAAAUACCAAUCAUAUAUCACAUAUAUCGUACGAAUUUGUUAGUUAACCCUUAGAUUGGAUAUAUAGUGGGUGGAGAGAAAUCAGGCACUAAGCAGCUACUAGUCUCAACGGGGCGUCCAAUCGCGUUAGUCGGUAUCGUUACACAGGACAUUUGAUCACACACAGAGUAUUAAUCGUUAGGCCUAUUUAUUUAACCUGUAAGUCCUUAUAUGUCGUUAGCUUUUGUACUAAUUGGCUAAUGGAUAGUAUGGAGGUCGAUCCACUAUUAGUUAUUGUGCUUUAAAAUCUUGCAGGCAGGUUGUGGCACAGCAACCUUUUCAUGUUUAAUGUUUGCUUUCGGCACUUCUUUCCCUAUUUUAUUCGUACUGGACAAACUACUGGUCAAAAUUUAUGUCUUGGUUACGUAUGACAUGUUUUUGUUGUUUUAAGUGAUUGUUUUAUAUAUU